CUCACUUUCACUUCUUCACAUACUCUUCAUUCACUAUCCUCGCCGUGCGAAGUAAUUUACUUACUACAAUCACCUAUUCUAUAUUUUUGUGAAACAUCACUACCCGACAAAUCCUAUCUUUUACUCUUUAAUCGAAAGAUUCAAAAAACCCAAAACUCGCAAACAUGCUUCCUCAACACAUCCUCGUUGCGCUCGUCGCCACCGUCGCUGCCGUCCCCCUUAACAUCAACUUGGGAGCCUACUCGCCUGCCCUGGUAGUCGGUGAUGGUGAAAUCUCGCUGGGAUCAACAGAAUCAGCAUCAGAGCUGAUGGCUACAUUGGCUUCGGGAGCCGCAGCCAAGGCCGGAGGAGAGGGCGCACAAGGUCAGCAAGAACAAGCUCCCGCAGCUGGCGGCGAGCAACCUGCAGGACAACCAGCUGAAGGUGCACCAGCCAAACGAUCCAACCUCCGUCGCGCUAUCAACGACAUCAUCGCCAAGCGCGCUCCAGUCGAGCCCAAGAUGGAAGCCGUCGAGGAGGCCAUGCAGUGGAUCAAGCGCGAUCUCGCCGGCUUCAACGCUGCUCUCGGCUACGCCAAGGAGGCCCUCAAGGACCAGCCCAAGGUCGAGCUCGGUACCGAGAACUCCGGUGUCGGUAUGAUUAUCAACCCUGGUGUCAACGUCCCCGCUGGCUCUGCCGCUGCUGGUGCCUCGGAGAAGAAGGAGAAGCGCGAAGAAGUCGUCGAGGAGCAGGAUGCGCCCAAGAUGACUCUUGUCGCCAUCACCGAAGUCUAAGUCAUAUACUUUUUACCUUGGCUUUUUCCUCCAUCGGCACUCCUUUUUUUCCUUCUCGCAAUUGCGAGAUUACCGAAUGCAAACCGGUAGCGGGAUGACAUUGAAACGGACUUGAGCGCGGAGUUUUUUUUGUUUCCUUUUCUUUUACUAGCGAGUAUCGCCAGGUCUCAUGUAGACGAUGGAUCUGGAGAUUGAGGAGUUUUUCAUGGGUGGUUAUGUAUGGAUAUUGAUUGUAGAGGGGGCAAAAAACGACGCUUGGAUUGUGAAUGUGCUAGAGUAUUAAAAUUUCAAAUCUCAAAUCUUUUGAUGGAGAAUCU